AAUUAUUUAUGGUGUAUAGAAAGCCGCGAAUCAAACAAAGAUGUAAGCCAAAUUUGAUAGUGUCUUAGUGUAUAAAGUCGGGUUUAAUUCAUCAUGGUAAAUGUGUUACUCCGUGUGUAUAUAAAAAGUUGUUUAUUAAUAAAUAACAUGCUUUUUAGUUAUAUUACUUACAAUUGUUCACAUGUUUGUUUUGUCCGAUUGGAAAUUAUUUGUUCAUCACGAGGGGAAUUUUGUUAGCUAAGGGGUUCAUAGGAAUCUCUUCGAAAUUAUGAAAGGUUAUAUUAACGGAUAAACAUGGGAUACUGGAAAACAAAGGUUCUUCCACAGAUUAAGAAGGUUUUUGGAGUAGAUGUGGCCAAAAAAGCUGCUGCUGUUGAAGCAUGCAAGUCCUUUGAUGACUCUAAGGAGGAAUUAUCCAAGGAAUUUGAGGAGAAGAAAGCUGAGCUGCAGCCCAAAGUACUAGAGAUUUAUGAAGCUUCAUCAGCUGAAAUCAAGACUUUGGUAAAAGAUCCUAAAGAAGCUGGCCUUAAGAAACAUUCGGCUGAUGUUCAGAGCUUCCUUGAAAAGCUUGAUAAAAUUGAUUUCCCAGGUUCCAAAGUAGCCCUUGAAGCAUGUUCAAAGUUCGGGCCAGCACUGGCUCCAGGUCCGGUAAAAUUCGUGUUCGAAAAGGUCUCAACAUUCAUUGUCACAGAAGAGAAACCCAGGGAGAUAGAAGCCCCAACAGCAGCAGUAGCAGAAGAAGUAACCACCGCGAAAGAAACAAGCGAGGCAGAGAAGGAGAUAGCCACUGUCUCAGAGGAAAAGCCUAGCGAAGUUGCAGCCACAGUUGCAGCCGAUGCGGCUACAGCUGAGACAGCAGCCCCUCCCAAGGUGGAGCAACCACAAACUGAGGAACCACCUAAAAAAGCUUGAGCAAUCAACUGCAUGAUUCAUCAACAUUCAACAACGUACUCUUAAGAAUGAACUCUUCCUCUCCUGCUUUCUUUUUGUACAUUUGUGAAGAAUUGUAAAAGUGUAAUUUGUUAUAUACUCAUUUUUUUUAGUUCUGUGCUUCUUAUAAACCUUGUGAAAUUGCAAAGGUUCUUGUUAUGGUUUACAUGUAUCAUUUGUUUAAUUUUUUGAGGGGAUAUUAUGUUACUGUAACUUCUUUUACUUUCUUUAUUAUGCUGAAUAUCAGAAUAUGUAAUUAAUACAGUAUUUUAUACAUAUUUCAGUGUACAUUCCACGAAUUGUGGAAUAAACAAAGUUAUGUAAUCGUCACAAUUUCUCAAA